AUGCGCGGGGCCAUGUGGCCUCAUCACCCUGCGCCGCGAGGCCGAGGUGACCGUGUGGAAGUGGUGCAGGGCCGCGUGCUGCUCCAACGCCGCAGGGCAGCUCUGGGCUCCGAGCACCGCUUCAGCUUCUACAGGUUGGUGUUCGAGGGGGCACAGGGCAGGGGCCGCUCUGCGUUGGCCCCGUGGGGCCUCUGUGGUGCUCAGGGCCUCUGCUCGUUUGUUCUGUUAGGAUUGUCCCAGACUCACAAAGUCCAAUCAGUUCUCUUCUUCUUCCUGCUGUUCUACAUGAUAAUUCUCCCAAGCAACAUCCUUAUCAUUCUCACAAUUCAGGGCAAUUCCCAACAGGGAUCACCCAUGUAUUUUUUCCUGGCCAAUUUGGCGUUCUUGGACAUCUGCUACUGUUCUGUGACCCCACCCAAAAUGCUGGCUGACUUUUUCUCAAAUCCCAAGACCAUCUCCUACAAUGCCUGCAUGACCCAGCUUUUGUUUCUUGACUUCCUGGGAGCAGCAGAAGCUUUUCUGCUCUUGGCCAUGGCCCAUGACCGUUACAUUGCUGUUUGCAAACCACUACACCAGGCUUUGAACAGGACUGCAUGCUGUGCCCUGGUUGGAGCUUCAUGGGGCAGUGGCUUUGUUCAUGGCAUCAUUCUGUUUGCUCUCACCAUCAAGCUCCCCUUUUGUGGCCCCAACGUCCUGGAUCUUUGUGAUGUGCGUCAGCUGGCUAACUUGGCCUGUGCUAACACUUACACAGUAGAACUGCUGGCAUUCCUCAACAAUGGAGUCAUCAUUGUCAUGUGCUUUGCACUUCUCUUCAUCUUCUACACAAUCCUCUUGCUGAAGCUCCGGACACAGUCCACCAAGGCAAAGAACAGAAUAACCUCCAGCUGUGUUUCCCACAUCAUUGUGGUUUUUGUCAUGUGUGGCCCAGUUAUCUACAUCUAUGUCUUACCCUUUCAGACUGUCCCAAUGGUUGUUGUUGAUAUUGCUGAUCAACAAGGAGAUCAGAAGUUUGAUGUGGAAGUUGGUCUGCAAACACAUACUUUGGUGUAG